UUAACAGGAAAUAUCCAUAUGUUCUCAAAUGUAGCCAGAGAUGCGCACUAUUACCCACGGAGGCACCGAAAUGAAAGAGCAUGGACGCAGGAGCAAGAGGAGGAAGAAAACAGGCCACAGAAUUCAUAUUCUGCAUUUAUUCAGUUGAUGCCAGUUUUCAUAAUAAUAGUAGUGUCAGUUAUAACUCAACUGAUGGCCACAAACCCACCCUACAGCCUAUUCUACAAAUCGUCCAUAGGCCAUGUUAUUAGUAGAGAAACAGAGAACUUGCAGGUGCCUUACUAUGUUGAUAAAAACUUUGAAAAGAAUUAUCAAGGAGCAGAACUUCAAGAGCUAGAGAAAACUGUUGAAAAAGAUUACAUAGACUAUAUUCAGACCAGCUGCUGGAAGGAGAAACAGCAAAAGUCUGAUUUGUCAAAUUUGGCCAAGCUAUACAGAGAUGAGCGGUUAAAACAGAAAGCAGAAUCACUGAAACUUGAGCACUGUGAGAAGCUCUCCAGUCUGAUUGGAAUGCACAAAGGGGGCUGACCAGGACACAUACAUUCUGUAGUUUUAUUUAUUGCUGUUUUAACUUAUAUUUUUAUUUUCCUUUGUAUAAAAAGGGAAGGAGUGUAUUGUAAAGAGUCUGAACAUUUGAUUCCUUCUGCAUAUAGUGCAGAGAAGGGCCAACACAAGCUGUAGAGCUAGUGUUUGCUGUAAUAUACUGUACACUACAUUUGGUUCCAAGGACCAGUGGCACUUUGUAAAUUAAUUCCCUGGGAAAUGCUAUUAGUUUGGAGCCUGUCUUCAUUGGUAGUUUGUCUGCUGUCCAAGCAGUAUAUACUUCCCAGGAGAGCAGACAAAUGUCUUAGCUUUCUGUACUU